AAACCAGAAGGGGGACAAAAAAAGACCGACCCUGACUUUGUACAGCACAAGUAUGAUACCGGUAUUAUACGAAGGAUAAGGAAAAUCAAAAAGCCCGCAAAACAGUCGCCGUCAGGCCCGAUAUCCUGAAUACAAGAAUAAAUGGCAUGGGAUACCUUGAAGGCGUUCUUAGCACGUUCCAUUUCUAAGCUGCGAUAACCCUGCUACAAACAACCACCCCUCGCACCAUCAAGGGUGAAACUACCGGUAGCGCAAAAACAUGCUCAACGCCCGUAUCCUGUGCGAGUACUCGAGUACGGUAGAUUAGUAUCGGAAAGGGGCUUCUCACCCUGCGGGCAGCGGGACUAAUCCCGCCGCGUUCCUUUGUGCUUACCGGUAGGGGGAUCCUCUGUCAUUGUAUGAGAACCUCAUAGUUACCUCACCUCACAUCUCGACGCAGUACGACGCAACGAGGUAAAGAAGAGUCAACAAACGAAUAAACAAAGAAAAAGAAUCAAGAUGCGAAACUACCAGUUCACUGUCGCCAUGUCCUGUGGCGGGUGUUCAGGUGCUGUAGACCGGUCAUUGAAGAAACUUGAGGGGGUGGAGGACUUGAACAUCGACCUCGAUACCAAAAUUGUCAAGGUCACCACCAACGAUACUCUAAAAUACGAGGAUGUUCUAGCGCAGAUCACAAAGACUGGGAAGAAGGUCACCGAAGGGAAUGAAGAGGUUGACGGAGCUUUGCAGAAGAGGAAGGUUUAAAUUAGGAGCUGGUGGUAGUUCCUUUUCUGUUUCUUUGUUUGAUGGCCAUGAAUGGCUAUGGGUAGUUUGGGGCUCUAUAUCUUUUCUGUUUUCUUUGUUUUACGACUACCGGAUUCGAAGGGUCAUAGUACCAAGGUUUUUUCUGGUUGAAUUCUAAGGUAUCCGAGCUUGGUGGGGUGGCUUGGCGGGGUGAAAACAUAUGCAAAUGAGCGCGAAGUCGUCUUACUCUUUUGUCUACCCCUAAAUUUACAACUUAUUAUCUGCUUUGAAA